AUCAAACUUGCUUUUAUUAUUGUUUAUUGACUUUCCUGAUAUUUCCGUUAUCUUUUCCACCCGGACGAUUUGUGCUUAUGUUUCUUUCUCUGGUCAUUGUGUUAUGGAUUAUAUUUGUAAUCUCUUACCAAAUAAACAAAUGACAGAUAGAUCUGUAUAUAUAUGCUAUAUUCCCUCACUCCCCUUCAGCUUUCCCCUGUCACUCCCUGAAAGCCUUAAUCAGGGGUGCAUUGAACUCAGGUGUGGAGAAGGGGGCGGGGCCCCAGGGGAAGAAAGGGAGAGGAAAAUGUUUGGUGAGGAAAAAAAAGAAGAGAGGUUGUGGUCCAGCAAGGAGCAGGGGAAAUUGGAACCUAGCCUUUAGCUGUAGCGGUGUUUGUUUAAUUUUAGGGAAAGUUAACCUGAAAAAGGAGGCUGUGAUGACUUAUAGCUAGCCGGAGGAGCCUUGAGAGCCCUGGAGCCUGAGCAAUCGUCAACUACUUAACCCCAGCGUGAAUGCCACUAUGUUGCCUUGGACAGCGGCCGGUCAGAAGAGGAUAUUUUAACCUGUUUAAAUAACAGGUGCAGUUCUAAAGAAACAGCGGAGGAUUUGGACCACACACCACGGACAUGUCCUCUGUAACUCGCAGCCCAAUCACUGCUGAGACUGUUAUGGAAGAAUGCAGCAGGAGGACUUUUCAUGAGACAAAAGAAGGGAGUAAACAACGAGAUGAAGCCAACAAACUGUCAGUUUAUAUAAUUGAAAGAUGCGAAAAUAUUUGAAGAUAUAUUACCUGAGUCAUGUCACAAAACAAGCACUAUAUAAAGGCAUUAGAAGAACAAAGCCACAUCAGCAAUGUUUGCAAUGUCAGUUGAACAAGAGAAGUAAAUCCUUAAAGAAAAGCUGCAGGACACCUAAGAGAGGACAGCUAUUUCUUAUUCUCAUUUGGAUUCAAAAGUGAACAAGAUGGGUUCCGCACCUAUCUUGCCCAUUUUGCUGAUGUUUUUGGGUGCCAUUAAGCUUGCUGGUUCAUCAACAACAACAGCUGAUGGGUCAACUUUAACCAGUAGCUCACCCAGUUCCAUUGGAUCUACUACCAAUGGUGAUUUAACUGUAACCACUGGGUCAACCAGUUUCAGUGGAUCAGCUACACCUGGAGUCUCAACUUCAAUUGUUCGGUCGACCAAUUCAAAAGAAUCAACUAAAACUCCUGGCUCAACCCCACAUACUCUAUCACCCAUUUCUAAUGGAUCCUCUUCAACUGCAAGUACUGAGUCAACAGGGGGUGAUGCUUCAACUACAACUGUUGGGUCAAGUUCAUUUACUAGGUCAACCAAUUCCAAAGGAUCAACUACAACUAGGGAGUCAACAUUAACAUCAAGGUCAACCGGGUCAAAUGGAAUGACUACAACCAGUGGGUCAACUCGUUUCAAGAAAUCUACAACAAGUGGUAGUUCUCAAAAAACAACAGGGUCAACUGGAGGUUUGGUUACAACUGAUGGCUCAGUUACACCUCAAGCAACAACUCGUCCUGGUGAUGCAGGUGGUGCAGUUACUACAGCAGCAACAAAAGUUGUGGUUGUUGCCGCAACCUUGGUAAAACCAUUUGUGGAAGAACUUAAUAAUCCAAACAGUACACAAUACAAAACACUGGCGAGACUGAUUGUAUCGGUGUGUGAUUUAAUCUACAGGAGAAAAUUUGGAUUUAUUUUCAUCCGCACAUAUAUCAGAGGAUUCAGGGGUGUUGUGGCAAGAACGCGAAUGGAGAAUAUUCAAGCAGAGGUGGGACUGGUGUUCAACAAUACAGUUUCCCCGGCGCAAAUCCCAAAGGAUGAUGUUGUUAUAGCCACGUUAGCAGAAGCUGUGAAUACACCAAACUCCCUCAACCUUACUAUCGUUCCAAACUCUAUUCAAAUAAUUGGUUCCCCAACUAAAGCUCCUACAACUCCAGUUACAACGGCUAAGACUCCUGCAACGACGGCUGCUGAAAAACUCACCAAACGGCGCCUGACCUUCAGAUCUGCUGGAGAGAUAUUUAAAAAUGACUUGCUGAAUCCAUCUUCAUCAGCAUUUGUGAAUCGAGCUACAUUGAUAAAGCAAACGCUCGAACCCAACUACCAAAAAGCAUUUUCCUCUUUCCGCUUCUUGAACGUGAUAAUGUUCAGGAAUGGAUCUAUCAUCAACACUAUGGAUCUUCAAUUUGCAUCCACAUCUGUUCCCAAUGGCACUCAGAUUGCAGAUGUGUUGAUUGGUGCAGCUUCAAACAUCACAGCCUUCAACAUCGAAACUACCUCCAUUUCUGUGGAUGGCAUACAAGUUUCCCAUGGAGUAAAACACCGGAUCAGUGUCCUCACCGCAACCCUCCUCGUGCUGUUGUCAUGGCUCCUGCCACGCUUACAUUAAGGCAGGGCUUAUAUCUCUGUGAAGUACCAUGAUUAAAAUGUGUAUAAUUCUAAUGGAAAAAACAAGAACUUUUUCAUCAUAAAAUAAUGAAACGAGUUAGGAUUUCAGCUGCUGUAUGUCUGGGGAGGAACUAUCAUAUAUUCAUUUAAACUCUAUGCUACCUAAUUUAUGUACAGGCAGGAACAGCUAUUGAUCACAGAGUACCAUUCAUGUUCAUUUAACGCCAUACAAUUUAGACAAUAACAUUUGAACCCUUUUAUGUCUAUUUAUACAUACUACUUUCAGCAUGUGUUAAAAUUCAAAUAAUGCAGUAGCCUGCGCUAGAUUCACAUUUACAUUAAGAGUAUUUUUAAUGUCUGACAAAUUGCAUCUCCUGGCAAAAAAUAUCUCAAACUAUUGUUUGUACUCAGCAACAAGCCAGAAUUGUUUUUAUAGAAUGAAUCUAAAUUAUCAAUGAAUUUCAUCAAACAUGAACUCUUUAAUAACAUUUUAAAAGCCGUUUUCUGUAACAUUAACUCAGAUUUAUGUAAAGUUAAAUAAUUACUACUGUCAGAAAAAAAGGGUGGAAUAACUUUCCAUCACUGUUGUUAUCUGUAUGUGUUUAUAUUAUUAUUUAUGUUAAAGCUUUUCAUCUGUUUUUUUCUCCCCUUUCAUUACCUUGUUAUAUUAAAAAAAAAUGUUGUAUUGUACUUAGCUUAAGAGGGUGAUGGGUGAUGAAUCAUGUAUUUAAUAUCAGGUAUGUGGUUAAAUAAAUUAAAGAUAUUAACAAAUUAUCAAA